UUUAGGAUUUUCUUCUCUGCGUGCGUAAAACGAGAACCAAACAGAGCGCCAAACUGUGAAAUGGCUAGACUGAUACGGCCACUAAGACAAUGGCCAAUGCUGUUACAGCACCAGUGCGGUUCUCACACUACAUUUCAUCUUCGCCUGUCUCCAUCUUCUCUACUAUUAUCCACUAAAACGACUCCUCACUCUGUCGCUUUCGCUACUGCAGCAUCCUCGUCCAAAUCUGGUCGCAGUGUUCAAAUUCGAUCACGCGGUCUUAUAUCACCCGAUGCUCCAACACCGGCUGAUCGCGACGAAGGAGAAUCAAAGAGUAGUAGUGAUUCAGAAUCCGAUAAUGCAAAGAGCCGCAACCAGAAGAAGCGCGAAGCUAAGCGCGCUGUCAGCUGGGGCAUGCAGCUUGCUUCCUUCACUGCUCCGCAAAUCAAACGCAUUGUCAGAAUGGCGUCACUUGAGCGAGAAGUGUACGAGGGGUUAAUGCUAGUCAAGAGACUAGGACCUGAUGUUCGUGAGGGUAAACGGAGGCAAUUCAGCUAUAUCGGAAAAUUAUUGCGGGAUGUAAAACCAGAAUUGAUGGAUGCUUUAAUUCAUUCAACAAAAGAUGGUGACUGGAGCAGGGUGCAGGCUGUGUCUGAUUUAGACAUUGAGAUUAUUGAGGAAAAAGUUGAAGAAUCUGAAGAACAUGAAUGUGAAGAGGAAGAGGAGGAUUCGCAUGAGUGUGUUGAAAUAGCUACCAGAUGGCUUGACGGAUUGAUCACUAAGGAUAUUCAGAUUACGAAUGAAGUUUAUGCCAUUAGCUCUAUUGAUUUUGAUCGCCAGGAACUACGUAAACUUGUCCGGAGGGUGCAUGAAGUUCAAGAUCGCAAGAAUGUCACUGAGGAGAAUGAACAAGAAGCAGAAGCAGCAAUAUUGGCUGCCAAGAAGCCCCUUACACGCUUUCUCCGUGCCCUUGCCAGGCAGAUUCCAGCUGAUGCAUGACGGUCACGGCCUUAUCCUUUCUGACUUUUUGUUGUGCAUCUCUGAACCAACAACACUCGUGGGGGUUUAAAUGAACUGCACAUGGAUAGAGCUAUUACGGGAGGAAACUAGGUUGUCAUAUUAAGAGAGAGCCUUCUUAGUUGCAGAU